AUGGGCUGCAGCCAGCUGUUGCUGCCGGAGAUGUGCGCGCGGUUGGAAGAAGCGCUCCUGAAUCAUCGUCCUCGAGCAUCAAGUGGACACCUCUACGGAACUGCGUAUUCUAUUCACUUCAACGAGGCGGCGGAAGAGCUCUUGAAUAAUUUUGAGACAGGAAACAAACUAGUAAUAUACUCUGCUGUCGUAAUUUCUCACUAAAUACCGGGUCAAACGCAGAGCCUACAGUAAAGAAAAAGGGAAAAACGUGACACUGGAGAAACAUCAAAGAAUAGUGUAAAGCCACCUGUCAGACAGCGAUCACAAUGGGAAGGAAGAAAAUACAAAUCUCUCGUAUCCUGGACCAGCGGAAUAGACAGGUGACGUUCACCAAGCGUAAGUUUGGCCUGAUGAAGAAGGCGUAUGAGCUGAGUGUGUUGUGUGACUGUGAGAUUGCCCUCAUCAUCUUCAACAGCACCAACCGUUUGUUCCAGUACGCCAGCACUGACAUGGACAAGGUCCUACUCAAGUACACAGAGUACAGCGAGCCUCACGAGAGUAGGACCAACACAGACAUAAUGGAGACUCUGCGGAGGAAAGGCCUGGGUCUGGACGGGACAGAGCUGCUGGACACUGAAGAGCCAAUGCUGGUGACAGCAGAGAAGUUCGGUUCACUAAGCGAGGGCAUGGACCUCUCCCUGGCCCGCCAGCGCUACUACGCCCCCUCCCUGCUCUCACCCGAGGCCCAGUUCCUGGUGACUGCUGGCUGUGAGAAUGGAUACCCCAACUCAUCCAACCCCAGCCUGAGCUCCCACAGACCCCCUGCCUUCAAGCCCCUGGGCCCCAGACCAGGCUCAGCCAGCCCUGCAGGGCCCCACAGCCACGCUGCCUUCAUGUCUCCACACUCAGGUAUUGGCUACUCCAUGUUCUCCCAUGGCAACCUGAGCCGGGCCUUGGAGAUGAAGACUCCUCCCCCUUUGAACCUGGGCAAUGACAACCGGCGGGCAGAGAGCCACCCUGGUAUGGGUGGCAUUCGCGCCAACCUCAACAGUGCUAGAGGCAUACUGUACCAGGGCAUGCACCCAGGGAACCACAUGCUGACCAUGGGGAAGGCAGGUCUGCUGGGCCAGAGUCUUGGGGGCUACGGCCUUACUGCUGGACCAUCUGACUACAGCCACCCAGGUUUCUCCCAUGCUGUGAGUCUACAGCGUGGUACAGUAAACCCGUGGCAGACAGCACAACAACAGGAGCAACAUGUACCCCACCUCAGCCCAGUGAUGUCCAGCGGAGGGUGCUCUUUCCCCUCUCAGGCCUCCACCCCCACCACUCCUCCUCACCCCUCCCUCAACCUCAGCAUCAAAUCAGAGCGAGCCUCCCCGGAGCGCAUCUGCUCUGCGACCUCUCCGCCGCUGCAACAUCUGAGGCAGCACUCUCCAAUGAGCACCCCCGAUUCUGCUCUCCCCACCCCCCAGGAACCCUACCCAGCCAAUGAGAGAGAGGAAUUCUCCAAAGGAGGUUUUCCCUACCCGGCUCAGCAAGGGGCAGAGGAGAAAGGGGGGCUGCCCCUGAGGCAAUUAGAAAUUAGCGAUGGAUGGCAGAGAUAGUUGGCAGCAACUACCACACACCACCCACUCUCCUUCAAGCCAAGCCAAGCCUGCCACAUGGUUGCCCACUCACAGAGAGAGGAGGAUGGGGAGAUGAGGUUUAUUCAUUCACAUCAUCCCAGAGGAAAGAAAGACCCCCCUUAGAGCUGGGCUGGAAUCUCCCUUGUUGGUGAUGAACAUGUGUCACUGCCUCUCUGAUCCUGAUCCUGAUAUAUUGUCUGGGUGUGUUGUUGUUGGGUUUUGUUGGUUUGUCUGUGUGUUGGGGUCAGAGGUUAUGUCAAACCACAUAUCAGUGUGGUUCUCUCAUCCUGUUUGAGCUACAGAGCAGAGGGUGAGGGAGUAUCAGUCAUUUAGCCAUGUUCUUAGAGCACCGUGUUUCAGAGUAGUACUUUACAUUCAGGUCCCCAGUUACAGUGCCUUCGGAAAGUAUUCAGACCCCUUGACUUUUUCCAGAUUUUGUUAGAUUAGUCUUAUUCUAAAAUUGAAUAAAUUGUUUUUUUUCAUCAAUCUACACACAAUACCCCAUAAUGACAAAGCAAAAACAGGUUUUUAGACAUUUUUAACAUAAGUAUUCAGACCCUUUACUCAGUACUUUGUUGAAGCACCUUUGGCAUCCUCGAGCCUUUUUGGGUAUGACGCUACAAGCUUGUAUUUGGGGAGUUUCUCCCAUUCUUCUCUGCAGAUCCUCUCAAUAUCUGUCAGGUUGGAUGGGGAGCGUUGCUGCACAGCUAUUUUCAGGUCUCUCCAAAGAUGUUAGAUCGGGUUCAAGUCCGGGCUCUGGCUGGGCCACUCAAGGACAUUCAGAGACUUGUCCAAAAACACUCCUGCAUUGUGUUGGCUGUGUGCUUAGGAUCGUUGUCCUGUUGGAAAGUGAACCCUCACCCCUGUCUGAGGUCCUGAGUGCGCUGGAGCAGGUUUUCAUCAAGGAUCUCGCUGUACUUUGCUCCGUUCAUCUUUGCCUCGAUCCUGACUCGUCUCUCAGUCCCUGCCGCUGAGAAACAUUCCCACUGCAUGAUUCUGCCACCACCAUGCUUCACCGUAGGAAUGGUGCUAGGUAUUCUCCAGACGUGACGCUUGGCAUUCAGGCCAAAGUGUUCAAUCUUGUUUUCAUCAGACCAGAGAAUCUUGUUUCUCAUGGUCUGAGAGUCUUUAGGUGCCUUUUGGCAAACUCCAAGCGGACUGUCAUGUGCAUUUUACUGAGGAGUGCCUUCCAUCUGGCCACUCUACCAUAAAGGCCUGAUGGUGGAGUGCUGCAGAGAUGGUUGUCCUCCUUGAAGGUUCUCCCAUCUCCAGAGGAACUCUCGUGCUCUAUCAGAGUGAUUAUCGGGUUCUUGGUCACCUCCCUGAUCAAGGCCCUUCUCCCCCAAUUGCUCAGUUUGGCCAGGCGGCCAGCUCAAGGAAGAGUCUUGGUGGCUCCAAACUUCUUCAACUUAAGAAUGAUGGAGACCACUGUGUUCUUGGGGACCUUUAAUGCUGCAGACAUUUUUUGGUACCCUUCCCCAGAUUUGUGCCUCAACACAAUCCUGUCUCGGAGAUCUACCGACAAUUCCUUUGACCUCAUGGCUUGGUUUGUAAAUAAGGUAUAUCUGUUUUGUCAUUAUGAGGUAUUGUGUGUAGAUUGCUGAGGAUUUUUUCUAUUUAAUACAUUUUAGAAUAAGGCUGUAAUGUAACAAAAUGUGGAAAAAGUCAAGGGGUCUGAAUACUUUUCGGAGGCACUGUAUAUAACUUUAAUGCUUUAGCCUUUAGCCCAAAAUCAAUGAAGUGGUGAGCUCACAGGAGACCGAUUAGGGAGCACCACAGUCCUACUCAUCUAUCAUAGUGGCACGUCCUCUGUGAUAGUGAGUGGGAAGUUGGUCUGGAUAGGAAUUGAUUAAAGAAAAACAAAAAUGCAAUCUGCACUUAUGGAUUUUUGUAUUUAAAAUCUGUGCAUCAAUAAGUCUCUCAGGGAUUUGGAUCAUUGGUUCCAUUAUACAGGGUUAGUGUUGCCUUUAAAGGCUAGAAAAUUACUGAGCAAAGCUGUUUGUUUUUGCACUAUAUACUGCAUAGUUAAAGUCUUUAUUUCUGGACACUGGCCUUAGUAAUGCAAAAUUAUGACAAAUUUAAGACUAAAGGGAAUGUAACAUGUGCUUUAUUUCUUAUAAAUGGAUAUUGUGUUUAAUUUAAUUAAAACAAGUCAACAUUUAGCAUAUAAUGGCGUAUAAGAAUACCCCAUUACUAGUCAUCAUCAUACAUCUUCAAUCUAUUCCUGCUUGUGAUGCUCAAGGUCCAUAUUCACUUUAACCAUUUUAUAAAGUUGAGCUUUACUACUUUCAGCACUGUUGUAUUUUGUUUAAAUAAAUUCCAGUUAUUUAUUAAUUCCUGAAAAGGAAACACAUUUUCAGUGGGGCAAUGGGAAUAGGGUAUGUUGACAAUCAGACACCUAUCAAAUAAACUGCAUAAAUUAACUUUUGUCUAUGGAAAAAAAACAUUACGACACAUUUUAUUGCUCGUGUGAGUUUUUUAUAUAUAUUUUUUUAAUGAUUUUUGUGUUUUAUGCAGAUCAUUUGUGGUGUGUUAUUGUUUCAUUUAUCCAUUUUAUGUUUAAAAAGUCUGAAAAUAGUUAAUGUAAAAUGGAUACAAGAUAAUUUUGUUUCUUGUGGGUUUGUGUGUAGAUUGAAGUGAACUCCUUAGUCCACAAGAGGUCAAUGUAUUUCACACUAUCACUCUGAAGGCAAGACAAUGCAGAAAGAAUCAGCCAUUAGUGCUACAACUGGCAAUGAAUUAUCUGAUUUUCCAUGGCAAAAGUGACAAGUUAAUGCAGUGCACUGUGAUGGUAUUCAGAUAAAACUGCAUAAUUAGUGUAUUGAAGACAUACACAGAGGGUAUAUGGGCAGGUUCUGAUUGACAACCUGGAAUUAUUGCCAGGAUAAAUGUUUAUUUGUCUGACACAAAACUAUUUAAACUGUGGAUAAAUGUAGAAAGUGAAAAACAGUAACUUCAGUUACAAACAGUAUUCUCGCAGAUACAUUAAAGUUCUUUUGACAUAUUUUUGAAUAUAAGCACUUGUCAGUAAAAACCACACAGGUUAUUCCAGCACAUCAAUACCACUGGGCAAAAACUGGUUGAAUCAACAUUGUUUCCAUGUCAUUUCAACAACAAAAAACAAUGUGAUGACAUUGAAUUAACGUGGAAAACUGAUUGGAUUUGCAGAAAGUCAUCAACGUAAAGGAAUUUCGUCUUUAUUUCACCCAACUUUUAACCUAAAUACAAUGACAUUGUGACAUUUUUUAUUGAUUUCAUGUUGAAUUUACAUUAGUUGACAACACAACCAAAUGUAUAUCAAAACUAUAUGUUGAAAUGACAUUUAUGCCCAGUGGGUAGUGUCAGCACUGGUAGUAUUUAUCAAAACAACCCAUGGCUUUAUACUUAUUUUAAUGACGUGGCUGCCUUUCAAUUAGCAUUAUUUGAUUUGUAAGUUAUUUUGACCUGAAGGCUGUACAUCUAAUUGACUGUAAUUUAAAAAAACAUUGAUUCAGAAGUCACAGCAUUUCCUUUGGUGUAUAUUUAUCUGAAGACCGAUAAAAUGCUAUCUACUACGUG